GUUCCGCAGCAAUCGACGGUUUUGUCUUCGCUGUCGGAACCUUUUGGUUUGUGCUCCAGUCGUGUUAAAAUGCUGCUGUUAAACAGGGUUUCCUUGUCGUUUAAAAGUUUGAGAAAAGUACCAGCCCGGCGCUGGCAUCAUACUAGUUUGACAAAUGACCUCAUUAACAACCUGGACAAGAAAGCAACAUGGGAUAGAUUUUACACAGAAAACAGCAGGAAAGGGCAAUUCAAGAACUUUGAGUGGUUCUUUGGCUUUCAUUCGGUCAAAGACUACAUCCUGCCUCUGCUGCAGUCCAUGUCUGAUACUCCUGCACCGAUACAUGUUCUCGACAUUGGCUGUGGCACCUCAGCAUUGGGGCCUGCUAUCUACACACACUCUCAAUGUGCAGUGAAGGUCACGUGUGCUGAUAUCUCUCCAGUGGCAGUGCGGUUAAUGCAGGAACAUGUUGAAUGUACACCAGUGCAACCCUGCAACCCCGCCUCCACCCUCAUCUUCAAAGAAAUGGACUGCACAGAGCUGGAAGGACACUUUGAGCCCAGGAGCCUGGCUUUGAUAGUAGACAAAGGUACAACAGAUGCGCUGGUAAGGUCCGAGGAAGGGAGAACAAAAGCUGGUCAAAUUGUACAGCAGUGCCUAACUGUACUGAGACACUCGGGGAGCUUGCUGCAGUUUUCCGAUGAAGAUCCUGAUGCCAGGCUGCUUUGGCUGGAGAAGGAGAGUCAAGGUUCAGAGGUGGCAGCUGAUGUAUCAGUACACGAAGUUGGAGAAUUAAGAGGGGUCACUUACUUCUGUUACCAAAUAACUCCUUAUACAGCCCAAACACUGACAACUUGAAUGUUACUCUGUUUGGCAAGUGUCAUUUUGCUUUGUGUAAUUACAUUUCUCCACGUUACAUUACUACUGAUCGUCAUUAUUUCAGUAUUGUUUGACCAUCACUGUACACCGUCAGAACUAGGGGUACAGUAGGAGUCCAUUUUUGUCCACCAAGGUACAAUCUACACUAAUGUACCCCUUAGGGCUCAUCAUUGGACCUUAAGGUACCUUUUUAGGGCUGGGCCAAAAAGUUACAUGUGCCCAAGCAGUACCGUAUAUAAAGGGUACAAAUAAGUACCUUAGAGGGUACUGCCCCAGUGACAAGCCCUUGUACCCCUAAAGGUACAGUAAUGUACUUUGUUUUCUGAGAGUGUAUAUCUUGAUACCUGUGAAAUCACACCCACCGGAAGUACAAAUAAAGAUUGCUUU